CGGUGACACGGCGUGGUGUUUAUCGAAUAAGGUGGUGAGCUCGGUCAGUUCUGGGGAGGAACAUACGCUCUCCGGUAUCAUACAUGGCGACAUAGAUGAGAGCGGAAGUAUCGGCGCCUUGUAGUGACGUCAGUCAUUUACUGCUCUGUUCAAGAUGUCCCGGGAUUUGAUCGGUCCAGCGCUGCCUCCAGGAUUCUGCGGCGGUAACGAUCACGACGAUGAGGGAGAAGUUGCAGGCCCAGCGUUGCCUCCUGGAUACAAGAGGAGUUCAGAUUCAUCUGAGGACAGUGAUCAGGAGACAUCACACAGCCACCGGCACCAUAAGGAGAGAAAAAACGAAUCACAAAGAAAAAUAGAUAAUCUACCAGGUGAUGAUGAUGAUGAUGACGAAUUUUUUGGACCCGCCCUUCCACCAGGCUUUAAAAAACCAUCAGAUUCACCUGAAAGGCCAGUUAUAGGUCCAGCCUUGCCACCUGGCUUUAAAAGGCAGAGUUCAGAUAGUGAGGAUGGAUCUGACGAAAGGGGAUCUCCAGAUAAGUACAAGGCAGCUGAUGAUGAUGAUGAUAGUGAUGAUGAAGAAAUCAUUGGUCCAGUACCUGCCAAAGGGCCUGUCCAGUCCAGUGUCGCUGAGGAUUUUGAACGGCGUGCCUUGAAAAUGAAACAGAAACUUACCUCAAAUGAUGAUGAGCUCAAGAAUCCAACAAGAGAGUCUUGGAUGACUGAACUUCCUCCAGAGAUGACUACAUUUGGGCUGGGACCAAGAACAUUCAAGCGAAAGACUAAUGAAAAAUCCGGGGAUAGGUCAGGUUGGACUGAAACUCCUGCUGACAGGGAGAGAAAAGCAAUAGAGAAACAAGAGGGCAAGGUUUCCAGCAGUAAAGGUGAAGAAAUUCCACAAGUUUCUGAAAGAGAUAAGAGAUUGGCGGAGCAGGUGUCCAUCCACAAUGAUUCAAAAAGAUCAGAAUCUCUCAUAGAUCUUCACCGCAAAAAACUUAAAAGGAAAGCAGAGGUAGAUAAAGAUAAACCUAAGGAAAGAAGACCAUUUGACCGAGAACAAGAUUUACAGGUUAAUCGCUUUGAUGAUGCUCAGAAGAAAGCUUUGCUGCGGAAAUCCAAAGAGUUGAAUACUAAAUUCUCACAUGGAAACAGCAGUAUGUUCCUAUGAAGAUAUCCAGCCAUAUAACCCUAUAUAUGUUGGCUUUAUUAUCUACUGACCCCAUUUCCUACACCCACAGACUGCCCAUUGGAUGUCUUGCUUCUCCCAUUUUAUCUGCUAGUUGUGCAGUAAACAUUAAUAUAAUUUAUCAGGUGAUGAUUGCUUUUGCUGUAAAUAAUGUAUGAGCUUUUAACUCAUUUACAUGCAUGAGUAGUCUUCACCGAUUCCUGGACAUUGGGAAUAGGUUCCACAAUGUUUCCCCUUUGUUGUAAUUUCCAACUUCAGACUAAAGGAAAAUUAAACUACAGUAGUCCCUCAACAUACGAUGGUAAUCAGUUCCAAAUGGACCAUCGUUUGUUGAAACGAUGGUAUGUUGAGGGAUCCGUGCAAUGUAAAGUAUAGGACAGUGGUCUACAACCUGCGGACCUCCAGAUGUUGCAAAACUACAACACCCAGCAUGCCCGGACAGCCAACGGCUGUCCGGGCAUGCUGGGAGUUGUAGUUUUGCAACAUCUGGAGGUCCGCAGGUUAAAUAUCACUGGUAUUGGAGGUUAUACUCGCGUGUCCCCGCCGCUCCGGCACCGUCACCGCUGCCCUAAAUGUCUCCUUCCAUCACUGUCACCGUGUCCCCGGGGUGUCCCUGAUGCUCCGGCAAGGCCUCUGCUUCCCCGGCAUCCUCGCUCUCCAUCGCCACCAUCAGGUUGCUACGCACGCCGCUCCUAUUGGAUGACGGGACGGCGUGCGCAGUGACGUGAUGACGACGAUGGAGAGCGCCGACAAUGCAGGGGAUCCUGAAGAGGACGUGCUGGAGCCCUGAGGGCAGGUAAGUGAUCGUCAUCGGACCACAUGGGGCACCGUAAACGGCUAUCCGGUGGCAGCUGAAGCAGUCUGUGCUGCCGGAUAGCCGUUUAUGCGAUGGCCCCGACAUACAAAAGCAUCGUCCGUUGAUGCUGCCUUCAACAUGCAAUGGCCUCUGAGAGACCAUCGUAUGUUCAAAUGAUCGUAUGUCGGGGCCAUCUUAGGUCGGGGUCGUCACUGUAUUGACAAAUUUACACCUAUUGAAAAUAUGACACCAGUAGAUGUUUCUGCUAUGUAUGCUCAAUUCAGCAGGGUCCCUGGGUAAGAAGAUUGAACUAACCAGGUGAUUUAUGUUUUGACCACAAGCCCUGUCCAAGGCUUUAAAGGUCCCUAGUGUGGGCUAUGUCUGUGAGAUGGUGGAUAACAGAGCUCUACUAUCAGUCUUCCACAUUUAGGGGGAGAUUAAUCAAAACCUGUCCAGAGGAAAAGUUGCUGAGUUGCCCAUAGCAACUAAUUAGAUUGGUUCUUUCAUUUUUGAAAAGUUCUCUUAAAAAUGAAAGAAGCGAUCUGAUUGGUUGCUAUGGGCAACUUGGCAACUUUUCCUGUGGACAGGUUUUGAUAAAUCUCCCUCUAGUUUAUUUCCACAAACUUGCAGUACCAAGUGGUAACAAGCCUGUAGUACAGGAGUAUUAGCGAUGACUUCUUUAUAAUGCCAAUUGGCGUCAUCAUAAUAAAUAGAUUGCACAAUUUUUA